CGCAUUCGACGUAGACGCACCCAGCGCAGACACUUUCCAUUCGUUUCCGUUCUUUGUGCAGUGUUUGUGUGGUGCUUGAGUUCUUUUGUUUUUCAAGUUAUUUUUAAACAAUCGUGACCUACCAGAUACAACAAAGAGGUUAAUCAUCAAAACUGGACCUUGCUGAUAACUGGCCAGUCGUAGACAGUGAAGAAAAAUAAAUUCAAGUGUCAUUUUAGUCCACAGUUGUCAUUAGUUCAAUAUUUUGUAGUUUACAUACAAAUUAUUUCUUUCGGUGAUUCUAGAAUGGAAGGUAUCAAGGUAACAGAACUGAUCAAGAAUAAAGGAAAGUUCAGCUACUCGUUUGAGGUUACCCCUGAUGUAUCCGAAGAAGAUAUUAACAACUUAAAGGUGGAUCCCUUAUUUUAUUCGGUGACUUGGCAUGCAAAAUCUCACCAAUGCAGAGACUUGGACAUAGACCCUAUCAAAACCGCCAGUCUUUUGAGAAGUAAACAAAAACAAGUUCUCAUGCACUUGUCCUGUGAUAAGAUGAAAUCUGAUUAUUUGACACAAGUUCUAACAUUGUUUCAAGAAAAAAAUAUAUGCAAUUUAUUCGUUGUUUUAGGAGAGGGAUACGAACCUGACAAUUCAGACUUCAAAAGCACUUCAGAAAUGAUAAAAUUUAUUAGGCAGAAAACUGGUCAAUAUUUUUGUAUUGGUAUUGCUGGCUUCCCCGGUUGUCCUGAAGAAAAAAUACUAGAAAUUAAAGAUAAGAUCGCGAUUGGAGCAGAUUUCAUUUUGACGCAAGCAUUCUUCGAUGUAGAAGCAUUCAAAUCAUUUAAGGAUCGUUUCACAAGGAUGGGCAUCGAUGCCCCUAUUAUUCCUGGAGUUUUCCCAUUCGAAACGCUUAAACAGCUAGAAGGUUUUAUAAGAAUGUGCAGAAUAAAAGUAUCUGAUGAUUUGCUGGAAGCUGUUAAUGAUAACGAGAAGAUGGAUAAGCCUUGUACCGAAUUAAUUAAGCAAUUAAUAGAAAAUUUGCGCUCUAAAUGCACCACUUCACAUUUCCAUUUCUUUACAAUAAAUAAAUUGGAUAACAUACAAAAAUUAAUUGAACAAAUAAAUUGAUUUCGCUGAAAUUAGUCGUUUUAUUUCUUUCUUUUAAAUCCCAGGUAGAGCCUGGCUUAAAAAUAACUUUUAAAGUAGUUCUUGAGAAAUUACUUCAGGUCCUGUGUACACCAUAGUGCUUUUGGCGAAGAUUCCACACGGACUGAUUCAGAUAACCGGAUGUUUUCCCAGCGAAGUCUCCUCAUUUACGGAAACUGAUGGAAUAUAUACCAUGAAUAGAAAUAUUGACUUGCCCAGUCUAAAGUAAUAAUGGGCUGAUGGCAGGUGUCGUAGAUAUAAAAUAUUUUAAAUGCGCUAAAAUUAAUACUUUAACGCGUUAAAAGGAAUGUAAAUUCUGGUUUCAUCUGUCAAUGUGACUUUACUGUCAGUGUCAAAUAUCAAGCGAAUUUUAGGUUAUGGUGGGCUGAUUGGUAUAAAGCGAAACUGAAAUAAUUUAAUAAUCAUCAGAUAAAAAUAGUGGUAAAUAAUCAUUAUUAAAUAUAUUAUUUCGAGUAAUCAUUUCUGGAGUGUUCUUGCGUGUUCAAAAACGGUGAAAAAUGUCGUUUCCCGAUAGACAGCAGCGGAAAACUUGCUGGGACUCCAGAGAUCGUUACUGGGAAUGCCUAGAUAAGGAAAAUGUUAAAGACAAUUCAGAGAAACCUAAAGCAUGUUUGGAACUAAGGAAAAUGUUCGAAAAGUCCUGCCCUACGCAGUGGGUCUCGCACUUUGAUAGAAAGAGAGACUUUAACGUUUAUAAAGAGAAAAUACAGAAAGAGGGAUAUGAACCCAUUAAAGAUUCAUAGUGUUGUUAUCCUUUGAAUGUUAUUGUAAAUAUAGAUUAUGUAGUAAAUUAUGUUUAUUG